AAAAAAACAUAACACUCCGCAUUCUUUCCCUUCCAGUAACGCUUCAAAACUUAACAUAACAACCACAUUAUGUUUUCUUGGCUAAGUCCAGUUUCCUUAUACGGCGGUUUCCUUCGCCGUUGCCUCACCAACGCCGGUCUAACUUCUCAAACCAUACAAAUCGACGAUGAAACCACCAUCCAUUUUUGGGGUCCAAAAAAAUCAUCAAACAACCAAUUAAUAAAACCAUCACUUAUCUUAAUCCACGGUUUUGGUCCUCAUGGUGUUUGGCAAUGGCGUCCACAGAUAACAUUCUUUUCUAACGACUUCGACAUAUAUAUUCCUAGCCUUGUCUUCUUUGGUCGUUCAACGACAAAAUCUUCCGACAGGUCCGAGGUCUUUCAAGCAACCUGCGUGGUGAAGCUUUUAGAGAAACUUGGCGUUGAAAAGUGUUCAGUUAUUGGGACAAGUUAUGGUGGAUUUGUAGCGUAUCAUAUGGGGAAGAUGUGCCCGGGGAAGGUAGAAAAGGUAAUAAUAGCAAGUUCAGGGGUUAAUAUAAAGAAAAAAGAUAAUGAUGGGUUAAUGGAAAGAGCUAACGUAGAGAAGAUUGAGGAUUUACUGUUGCCGGCGACGGCGAGUCAGUUGCGGAAGUUGAUUAGUUUGUCUGCUCAUCGGCGUCCACCAUAUUUGCCGGAUUUCUUGUUCAAUGAUCUCAUCAACAAAUUAUAUGUUGAAAACAGGAAGGAGAAGCUGGAACUGUUAAAAGGUUUGAGCCUUGGAAGAGAUGACACAGUAGAUCAUAUUACUCCACUUCAACAGGAAGUAUUAAUUGUGUGGGGAGAGCAUGAUCAGAUAUUCCUACUUGACAAGGCAACUGAACUCAAAGAGCUUCUGGGAGAGAAGGCUAGAUUGGAAGUCAUUAAGAAUGCCUCUCACGUUCCCCAACUGGAGCAUGGGGAGAAGUUCAACAAAAUUGUUAAUAAUUUCUUGUGUGGUUCAGAUGAUUAAUGUAUUAUUAGACUGCUCCCUAGAUCUUGCUUCGUUGUAUUUCCUUAUCUACAAGCUCAAGUACUGAUUGAGAGGAUUUACGCUUUUUUUGCACUAUAUUGACGAGAGAUACAAUUUUUCAGCUUUAUAAGAUUGUGUAAGUAAGUCGAUUA